AUGAUCGAGUUCACCUUUAAAUUCACUAAAGAGUGGCUAGGAGCUAAAGCCUCGAACACUUAUAUCCUUCCCGAAAUUAUCUUCGAUCCUUCUUUAGUACUUAGUCCAUAUAUAUUCCUAUUGGGUCUUCUCUUUGCAGACCGUGCCUUCGACCGCGUCGAUAGCGAAGAGGUUCUUGUUCUCGCAAGCCAGCUUCCUCGACUCCGAAUCCGCGACGAGUGUAACGAACUACGACUAUAG